AUGACGCCGGAGCUGGUACUCGCGGAGACUGCCCGCCGUCUGCUGGACACGAGCGGCUUCCUGCUCUCCUCCUCGGGAGCCGGCGCGUCCAAGGAGGCGAUCGACGGCCUCGUCGCUGUCGAAACACGUGGAGAAGAAGAUGAGGAUGAGGAGGGGGAGUGCGCGAUCUGCCUUGCGGCGGAUGAUCAGCGGAAGAAGGCGGAGUUGCCGUGCGGGCACCGGUUCCACCGCGGCUGCGUCGGCAAGUGGCUCCGGGUGCACGGCACCUGCCCCACGUGCCGCCACCAGCUGCCGCCGAUGAGCCCGGCUGCCCGGAAUGAUCUCAGGUACAGCUGGUUCUUGGCCGUCGAGGACUUGAGGAAGAAGGCAGCCUUGCUAGGCCUAGGAUAA